GCGCUUUGCGCCUGGGGAGAAGAGAGGCGCCGCGCGCGGCCCGUGGGACCCACGGCGGGCUGGCGUUCACGCCCGUGGGUGUGGGCACUGGAACCGCACCCGAACUGAACAGCUGCUUCCCGGCUCCAGCUGCCCCCGGAUGGGGAGGGGAAAACCUCGCCCAGGCGAGGCUCUAGCGGCCGCGGAGAGAGGGAGAGGGAGAAGGGGCAGGUAGAUGAGCGAGAGAAGGGGGACGAGAGGGGAGGGGAUUCCUGGCUGCCACGAACCUUCCUCCUUCUGCCCCGCUUGGGAGGGCCAUGAGGGAGAGAGUGACCUCCAGCCAAACUAGAAAACAGCCCGGUCAGAGCUUGGCAUGGCUCCAAUGAGCCCCUGUUUGGCCACUUGUCUCUUUGCUGCCUGCCUCUGCCUUUGGAGAGGGAUCGUGGGCCAUGACUUCCUAGGCCCAAGGGUGCUGGCUGAACCUGUUCUUACUCCCAACACCAUCUGCAUGACCCUCCCCUGGCUGAGCCGGCGCCAACUUGGGCUCUGCACCCGCAGCCCAGAAGCCAUGGCUUCAGCUCUGCAAGGCGUCCACCUCGCCAUCCACGAAUGCCGGCAUCAGCUGCAAGAGAGGCGGUGGGAUUGCUCGGACUUGAGCAGCAGUGGCACCAUGCUUCUCAACAGCGCUGUUCUGAAGAGAGGCUUCCGGGAAAGUGCCUUUGCCUUCUCCCUGCUGGCAGCUGGGGUGACCCAUGCAGUAGCCACAGCCUGUAGCCUUGGGGAGCUGCAGAGCUGCGGUUGCGCCGGGCAAGGCACCGAGAACCAGAAGCUGAAACUCAGCCAGCUGCAGACCCUGAGCCGCGGCAAGGCCUCCUUGUGGGGGGAGCCUGGCCCCCAGGACACCUGGGAGUGGGGGGGCUGCAGUGCAGACUUUGACUAUGCCCAGAAAUUUGCCCGGCAUUUGUUGGACCCUCGAGGGAAACCGCGCGAUGCUCACGCACGGAUGCAGCUCCACAGUCACCGCGUAGGCAGAAAGGUUGUGUCAGAGCUGAGCCAGCGGAGAUGUAAAUGCCACGGCCCCUCAGGAAGCUGCCAGUUCCGGACGUGCUGGCUGGCAGCACCCGAUUUCCGCCGUGUGGGCUCUCACCUGAGGGAGCGAAUGGACCACGCCAUACUCUUGCGGCCGCACAACAGCAACUCGGGGGCCUUCCGGCCCCGCCUCCAGCGCUCGCGCCUGGCCAAGCACCUCAUCUUCUACGAACCCUCGCCUGACUUUUGCGAGCCUGACCCCAGCCUGGGCUCGCCGGGCACCCAUGGCCGCCCUUGCACCAAGGGCAGCGGCCGGCCCGACGGCUGCAGCAGCCUGUGCUGCGGCCGGGGCCACAAUGUGCUGCAGGAGGUGCAUGCCCAGCGUUGCCACUGCCGCUUCCACUGGUGCUGCCACGUGGAGUGCGAGGAGUGCCCGGCCACAGAGUGGGUAAACGUCUGCAAGUGACGUGAAGCGAGGCACUGUCCUCCCAGAGACCUUGCUACAUGGGGCAUGGC